AACAAAGCCAAUAUUGCUAACGCAAGCCCUUUCUCCCUUUUGCUUUUCUCACUAUCUCGUCAACUUUUAUCUUCCGCCCAGCACAAAACUAAUUAAGAACCAAAAAUGGCUGAGAGCCCCAUUCGGUUUACGAGUUGCCGAGGUGUGGCGUUUGAGGUCAAGCCUCAUGCAGACCCAUUCGCCAUCACCAAGCCAAUGAGCAGCCCCGAAGCAGGAUUGGGAAGCAGGCGGUUUUGGCUCCCUUGGUCUAGAGGGAGCUCGUCCCGUGUUGCUCCCUCCUCGCUGAUCCAACGGUCGGUCAGCCGAGCGAGCAGCCACUUUUGUGAUCUCGAUCUCGAUCUUGAUGAAGAUGAUGAACCACUCUUCCCCUUGGAGAUGCUAGAGGAAGGCAAGGCUGAGGACGAAAAGCUUAAGCAGGGUCCACCAGCUAACUCCUCUUCUAGCCAGCGGAAGCAACCCUCGAAGCCUGCUCCAGCUCGGAAGCAGGGUUCAAGGUUGUCGGUCAUAUUGCUCGAUCAAGGCCUGUUCACGGUCUACAAGCGUCUCUUUGUCAUUUGCUUAAUCUUGAACAUUGUUGGUUUGGUCCUUGCGGCCACGGGACACUUCCCUUACGCAAGGAACAGGGCUACCCUCUUCUCCAUCGCCAACAUAUUUGCUCUCACGCUUUGUAGAAGCGAGGCCAUCUUGCGAGUCAUCUUCUGGUUUGCAGUCGAGACCUUGGGCCACUCGUGGGUGCCUCUCUUCAUUAAGACAGCAACCACGUCUCUACUUCAGAGUCUUGGUGGAAUCCACAGUGGCUGUGGAGUUUCUUCCAUCGCAUGGCUUAUCUAUGCUUUGGUCCUUGCUCUAAAGGAUCGGGAAAACUCCUCUCCCGAGAUUAUUGCAGUAGCCUCCGCCAGUCUUGGCCUCAUCUGCCUGUCGUCCCUGGCCGCAUUCCCUCUUGUCCGUCACCUCCACCACAACGUGUUUGAAAGGGUUCAUCGAUUUGCCGGGUGGAGCGCGCUAGCCCUUGUUUGGGCCUUUGUCAUUUUUACUGCCUCCUAUGACCCAAAGACAAAAUCUUACUCAGACCAGUUUUGGUCCAGGCUGGUCAAACGGCAGGAGUUCUGGUUCACAGUAGGGAUCACCAUACUGAUCAUCAUUCCGUGGCUAACGGUACGACGUGUUCCAGUCAAGGUGACUUCCCCAUCUGGUCAUGCCUCGAUGAUCAAAUUCCAAGGCAGUAUCAAGGCAGGCAUCCUGGGUCGUAUCAGCCCGUCCCCCCUGUCAGAGUGGCAUGCGUUCGGCAUCAUCUCUGACGGGAAGAGCGAGCAUAUGAUGCUUGCUGGUGCGGUUGGGGACUUCACUAAGUCACUAGUCCACAACCCGCCCAGUCACCUCUGGGUCCGGCAGGUCCACUUCGCCGGACUGCCCUACCUUGUCAACAUGUAUGACCGAGUCCUCCUAGUAGCCACGGGAUCGGGGAUAUGUGUGUUCUUGUCGUUCCUUUUGCAACCAUGCCAGGCGAGCGUGUGCUUGCUUUGGGUGACGAAGGGGGUCGAGCAAAACUUUGGGUCGGAAAUCAAGCAGAUGGUGAACGGCCACCCAAAGGACAAGGUAAUAGUGCACGACACGGCAGUGUACGGGCGUCCAAACGUGUCGGAGAUGAGUGUGGAUGCAGCGAAGAAGUGGGGAGCGGAGGUUGUGAUCGUUACGAGCAAUCCCGAGGGCAGUAGGGACGUGGUAAACGCCUGCAAGUCAGCAGGAAUUCCCGCAUUUGGUCCCAUAUGGGACUCCUAAAAAUUAUAUAUAUAUAUAUGUAUAUUAUAUAUGUCCUAUUGUAAAGGUUCCAAUUUCGAUACUUUAGUGAAACUAUCGGUGCUCCUUUAUUAGUUAUUAGGAUUUUUAUUUCAUUGUACUAAACUUACGAGCUUCUUUUAUAACCACAACUAAGACAACCAUUUGCAAGUCCCGAUCCUUUACGUACUCAUGUAAGUUCCUUUCUACCCUUUUGCUCUCAGCAAGGCCGUCGGGUUUGGGGGAUGUGGUUGGUCGCCGACCUUAAAAAUUGUUAUACAUAGGGUUAUAUAAAGUCGAGUUUACCUUAGUCUUCAUAAAAUUAUCUUAUUUCGUCUUCCAUGAAUGUACAAUCUGUUUUCUAUUAUUAUUAUUAUUUUCUAUUGCUCAACAUGAUACUCUUUAUUUUGCCUCCUAUGGAGU